AUGGCCGACGACGAUCUAAUGCACAUUUGCUCAGUGGGCGGGAAUCCCGUAUCAGCUUUUUUAUCAUGGAGGCUUCAAGCGACCAACGCGUGCGACGUCACAUUAGUCUGGAAGUCGGGAUAUGAGCAUGUUGCUCAAUAUGGCAUUUCCUUCAAAUCUCAAAGUUUCGGUAACGAGCGAUUCAAACCUCGACGUGUUGUCCGGAAUCCCGAAGAUGCCGCGAUUUCCAGAGAAGGCCCAUUCGACUACGUUGUUCUCUGCGUCAAGGCCCUACCCGAUGUUUACGAUCUCGCUUCUGUUAUCGAUGCCGUCGUCACACCCCAACACACCUGUAUCCUCAUUAAUACUACACACACGCUGGGCGUUGAAGCCGCCAUCGAGGAGCGAUUUCCUACCAAUGUCGUACUAUCCCUGGUCUGCGGUGCUGAACUCACCCAGCUUGGCCAGAGCGAAUUUGAACAUAAGGGAUCUACGAAGAUGUGGAUUGGCCCGGCAAAUAAGAGCACCGAGAUACCGCGAGCGAUCCAAGAGGACAUGGCACAGGCUUUGUCAAUGACGUUGAGUACUGGGCAAGUCGAGUGCAGCGUUUCUCCCAACAUCAGGCAACAGCAAUAUGAGAGAGUAAUCGGGCCGAUCGCGUUCCAUACUUCAAGCGUUAUUUUCGAAACGCCAAGUCACGUCGCACUCCUCGAGAAGGUGGGCGUGAAGGAUUUAGUACACGGUGUCCUGGACGAGUUAUUACUUCUGGCCGAAGCAAAUGGCUGCAAAUUCCCGCCCGAGUUUAAACAAAAAACGAUUGACGAGAUGACCGACCCGAAUGCCCCGGAAAGCAUCAUGUGGCAAGAUUUUGUGGCCAGGAGACCUAUGGAGGUUGAGACAUACCUGGGCUCGCCCAUUAAACUGGCGCGUGAAUCCCAGGUUGCCAUCCCGCGCAUCGAAACUCUCUAUGCAAUUCUUCACAGUAUCAACAUCACUAAUCGGAACCGACCGAAGCCGGGUGAGGGCGGUCCUGCUUUCCCCCCUUCCGGAUCACCAACAAUGUCAUCAGUCCCACCCAGAAUGCCUUCUCAAAAUGGCCACCGUCCGAUGAUGGGACCACCAAAUGGUAUGGGUAUGCCGCCACGAGGGCCCCGGCCUCGUAAUUCUUCCAACUUUAGCCAGCCCGGUGGCAUGCGCCGUGGCCCGCCGCCAGGCAUGAACGGAGGGCCCCCCAAUGGCUAUGGUAGACCUCCACCGCACAUGAAUGGAGGAGGUUCGAGAGCCCCCUCUCGACGAGGAUCGAUGGAUGGCAACGAGCUGGAAGAAUUCUCCCAUCUCGUGUUGUAUGAUAACAUUCCCGAAGGCCAGGAACCAUCUGGGCGGGGUGAUCCUGCCGAUCCCCGCGAAAGAGAGUAUCAGCUUCGUCAACGAGAACUUGCACUCAGAGAGCAGGAGAUGCGGUCAAGACGAGGUCCUCCCCCAGGCCCCGGCCCCGGCCCUGGUCCUGGCCGUAGAGGUCCACACCCUAUGCGGCAUAGCCAGCAGGCGUUCGAUGACGAUGAAGACGACGAUUACUACGUUGAUCCGAUGAACAACCCGGCUGCUCCAGUAAUUGACCCCGAUAAUUUUGACAUGAUGAGUAUGACCUCGAGGAAAAACCGAAAAGCUCAGGCUCCUUCUGCUGGUCAAUUGCGCCAGAAUCCAGAAAAUGGUGGGCCGCCAUCAUCUAGAGGGAACAGAUUCCGUCCUAGUUUUGGCCGGCAUCGUACCAGCCAGAUCCAAGCACCUGUAACGACAGAAAAUAUACUAGACGACGCCUUAAUGACUACCACCUCCAAUCGAUACGGCACAGUCGAUCGGGGGACAAUGGGAGCGAACUCCCGAGCGAACUCUCUCACUGCUUCGAGGUUAGAUGAGAUGCAAUACGGGGGUCCCAAUGGCCCACCAGGGACACCAGGUAUGAACGGUGGAUUCCCUCGAAAUAGGCCAAUGAUUAAACAAAGGGAAGCCAACGGGUGGUAA